CAAAAAGAGGUUUGUGAAAAGGGUAAAAAUGAUGUGAAAACUCAACUUCAUCACGGUUAAAGUAGGAUUUGUUUGACAAAGUAAGCUCUAUUACUUAAAAAGUGGAAGAAAACAAAAAGCAGCCUCUAAAUUUCGAACACAUUUUAAUAAUUAUAUGUCCGCAUGUCUAUGCCUUGAGCUGUGCAGAUCCAAGACGCUUACUACAUAUGGUUGUGUAUGAUACCACGGGAGCAUUAUAAAUAAGUUUGAGCACGUGCCUAUAGGCUAUACAUAUAAUUACAUAUCACAUGUCCAUGCCUUGAGCUGUGCAGCCCAGCAAAUAUUAUAUAUGGUUGUGUAUGAUACCACGGGAGCAUUAUAAACAGCAGAUGCAGAUCCAAAGAUAGCCUUAUUUGCACGUUUGAGCACUCUCAUCAAUCAAUGUCUAAGCCAAGGUUGGAGGGCAAGGUGGCCCUGAUAACUGGUGGGGCAGCUGGGAUUGGUGAGGAGGCGGUCAGAUUAUUUGCAGCCAACGGGGCCUUUGUUGUUGUUGCUGAUAUCCAAGACGAAUUAGGUCAUCAACUUGUUGCCUCAAUCGGCUCAGACAGAGUUAGCUACUGCCGCUGCGACGUCAGAGAUGAAAAUCAAGUCGAAAACACGGUGAACUUCACGUUGGAAAAAUACGGCGGCCUUGACAUUUUGUUCAGCAAUGCAGGUGUCAUGGGUCCGAUGACUGGCAUUUUAGACCUCGACAUUCAAGGCUUUGACAACACAAUGGCCACCAACGUUCGCGGUGUUGCUGCAACCAUCAAGCACGCCGCACGCGCCAUGGUGGCACGUGCCGUGCGUGGUUCAAUCAUAUGUACCACGAGUGUUGCAGCCUCUCUCGGAGGCAUGGCUCCGCACGCUUACACCACUUCGAAACAUGCUCUGUUGGGUUUGGUCAGAGGAGCUUGUAGUGAGCUCGGAGCUCACGGGAUUCGAGUUAACAGCAUUUCGCCAUUCGGAGUCGCAACCUCGCUUGCGUGCAAAGCGUACAAUUUGGAGCCAGAUGAGGUUGAGGCCAAUAGCUCCGCCAUAGGAAAUUUGAAGGGCGUUGUGUUGAAGGCUAGGCAUGUAGCGGACGCGGCUCUGUUUCUUGCGGCCGAUGAAUCGGCGUAUGUCAGUGGACACAACUUGGUUGUCGACGGCGGAUUCACGGUGGUUGAUCACAGUUUUUCGGCCAACUAAAACUGCGGUUUGUUGUCGCCAAAAGAGCCAACUCUUUUAAUGCAGGUUGGCAUUUUAAUUUGUUUAAUUUUCUGAAUUAAAGGGUAGUCUCUGUUUAAAGAGUCAAACUUUGUUACGAGUAAAUGGCAUGUGCAUUUUCCUUGUAAUCUGCAACUGCAAUGUUAUAUUCUUCCAAUUAUUAUA